GCGACAGCAGAGACUUCCCGGUGGGAACAAGUCUCAACAGCACACAGAUCAUCAGCAAGGUGGCACCAAACACAACAGGGACCACCAGAAACUCUACCAAGGAGGCCAGGCCCCUCACUCCUCAGGCAGGACGGGCCACCAUGGCUACAGCCAGAACCGGCGAUGGCACCACAACCAGAAGCACUCGCCCAACGACAAAGAAACUCACAGAAAUGCCAAAGAGACUGAGAAUUUGAAAAUUGAGGACAGCUCCAUCUGUACGGUGCAUAUUCCUGUGGAGACGCACCGGAGCCCGGAGGCUGUGGAGAAGCAGUCUCAGCAGUACAUCCAGGAGUCGGAGACCAAACGGAAAGACAGUAUUCACGAGCGCAUUGGGGAAAGACCCAAGAUCAAUUUGCUUCAGUCUUCCAAAGACAGGCUGCGGAGGAGACUAAAAGAAAAGGACGAAGUCACGGUGGAAACCACCAAUCCUGAAAAGAACAAAAUGGACAAAUUAAUUGAAAUCCUCAACAGCAUGAGGAACAACAGUAGCGACGUUGACGCCAAGCUCACCACCUUCAUGGAGGAGGCCCAGAACUCUACCAACUCUGAGGAGAUGCUGGGGGAGAUAGUCAAGACCAUCUACCAGAAAGCAGUGACGGACCGCAGCUUUGCUUCCACGGCAGCCAAGCUCUGUGACAAAAUGGCCCUCUUCAUGGUGGAAGGAACCAAAUUCCGGAGCCUGCUCCUCAACAUGUUGCAG